AUGGGCAAAAACAGGAAAUCCAAGCGCCAACUCGUCCGCGACGAGAAGCGCGCCAAAAAGCGCGGCCGCGAACUCGCCGAAGACGAGGAGCGCUCCGCAAAGCGCCAGCGCCAGCACGACGACGACGAGCACGACGUAGCGCAGACCUCCAACAACGACCUCUUCACCCUCGACCCCAAUGCCGAUCACCUCCCCUUCGACGACGAGCAUCAGCAGCCGCCACAGCUCCAUGAUGAGUCCGGCCCAGCCCCGCGCGCCCGCGGCGGCAACUUCGAACGCGAGUUCUUCGGCAUGCUGGCCGAGCAGGAACAGGAAUACUUCCGGCACGCCGACGAAAUGCUCGAGCUGAACGACUUCCCGUCCGAAGACGACCGCCACAUCUUCCUGCAGAGUGUCUACCGUGAAGCCCGCGGCAAGGAGCUCAAGCUCGCCAGCAGCCAAUCGUGCUCGCGCCUGAUGGAGCGCCUGAUCAUGCUGUCUAAUGCGAAACAGAAGAAGAGUCUGUUUGGCGCCUUUGCCGGCCACUUCAUGACCCUGGUUACCCACCGCUUUGCGAGCCAUUGCUGCGAGAAGCUGUUUCUCAUGAGCGCGCCUGUCGUGACGGCUGAGUUGACGGGUGCUGCGGCAGAAGAAGAUGUGGAGAUGGAGGACGCAACGGGAGGAGACGACGAUGGAGUAACGCCCGAGGUGGCCGAGGCCGUCAAGACACCCAUGGAAGACCUGCUGAUGUUGACGCUGGAUGAGUUUGAGGAACACCUCUCGUUCUUGCUGUCGGACCGGUACGGCUCGCACGCGCUGCGGGUGUUGCUUGUCGUGCUCUCGGGCCGGCCGCUCAACCAGGCCGGGACCAAGUCGUUGCUGCAGGGGAAGAGCAAGGAGUACAUCACGGUUGAGGGCGCGGCGGGCUUGUCCGGGGAGCUCAGUGAGCAAACGAGAACGGUUCCUUCAUCUUUCUCAACUGCGAUUCAGAAGAUCAUUGGUGACGCGACGGCGAAUCUCGACUCCACGGCGCUGCGCGUGCUGGCCAAGCAUCCUACCGGCAACCCGACAUUGCAAUUGUUGUUGGAGCUAGAACUCUCGUUGACGGCAAAGGCCAAGAAGGGUUCCAAGAAGGAAGAGACCGAAAAGCCGGCAGAUGGGGCUACCGAAAGCGAGAGCACCGUAUCCCUCCUCGACAGGCUCGUUCCCGAUGCGCCCGGCGCAUUCGGUGAUGAAAAGUCACAGGCCUGCGAGUUCGUCAACGGCAUGCUCUACGACCCCAUUGGGUCCCGUCUCCUGGAGACUCUCAUUGCCCACUGCCCGGGCAAGAUCUUCAAGGGCCUCCAUGCCAACAUCUUUGGCCCGCGCAUCCAGAGCCUGCUCCGGAACGACAUCGCCUCCUAUCCUGCUAUCAAGGUCCUCAACCGGCUGAGCAAGGAAGAUCUCGCCGACGCGGUGCAAAAGUCUCUCCCCGAGAUUGGCUCGUUCGUCGAAAAAGGCCGUCUCAACGUUAUCAAGACCCUGUUCGAGCGCUGUAACGUACGAGGCGCAACCGCUGAACUCACCACCCUCUUACAAGCGCUAACCACGGCCUGCGGCGGGAACUGGAAACACCUCGUCCCGAAACUCUGCCUCCUCAACGACCCCGAACCAGAACCCGAAACCAAAGAAAAGAAAUUCCAAACCCCCGAAGCCAAAAACAAAGCCGCGCUCCUCUCCCACGGCAGCCAAAUCGUCUCCACCCUCCUCUCCAUCCCCGGCCCCCCCUCCAAAGCAAUCCAAAACUCCCUCCUCGCCCUCCAACCCGCCCACCUCCUCCGCAUGGCCACCUCCUCCCCCACGACCGCCACGAUCCUCACCAAAUCCCUCACCACCCCCCCUCAAAUUCCCCACUUCCACAAACUCCUCGUCGCCUCCUUACUCCCCAACAUCUACCCCAUCGCCACCACCCACCACGGCAACGCCAUCAUCUGCGAAAUCAUCGCCGUCCCCUCUAAAACAGACAGCACCAACACCACCCCCGUCGUGCCGUUUCACCUCAAAGAAAACAUCAUGGCCCAGCUGGCGCGGCACGAGCACGAGCUACGGGAGACGUGGUUGGGGAGAAAUGUUUGGCGGACCUGGAAGGGUGAUUUAUGGGGGCAUCGGAGGCAUGAUUGGGUGAGGUGGGCGAAGGAGACGGAUCCGGAGGGGGCUAGGGUUGCGGCUAUGCCGAAGGUCAAGGGUGAAGAAGGCGGGAAGAGGGGGAGUGGGAAAGCUGUGGAAGAUGUGAGGCCUGAGGUUGAGGAAAGACCUGAGUUUGAGGAGAGGCCAGAGCCGGAGGAUGAUAUGGAGAUUGAUGUUGAGGGGGACGACGAAAGGAAGGAUGAGGGCGAGGUAAACGGUGUGAAAGAGAAGACAAAGAAGGAGAAGAAGGACAAAAAAGAAAAGAAAGAAAAGAAGAAAAAGGACAAGGCGUCCAACGGUGAAGCCAGUGGAACCGGCGACGCCGAAGGAGAAAAGGAAAAGGUGAAGAAAAAGAAGAAAAAGAGCAAGGAGAAGGCCGUGGAUGUGGCUGCAGAAGUGGAAGCUUCUACUUAA